GUACACAUAUCCUGAUGAACACACACGUAGUAAGGCCGGGCUGCCACGCUGCCGAACAACAGAACAUAACACAGCUCAGCCGACAGCUACACAACUGGUCUACGACAGCUACCCAACUCCUUACACCAUUUCUACACAGCCACUAUGAUCGCGCUAGACCAGCACAGUUGUGACCGCUGCAUCUUGGCUAAAGACGGGGAGUGUCCGGAACAAAACAGCGUCCACGUGAUUAACUGCUGGCUUCCAAAAGACCCGUUCGCGUGGAGCCCGUGCCACGUGAAGUGGUGGGUGUACGUGAUGUCGCGCCUGUACUCCCUGUCCGUGGCGCUGCCCAUGUUUGAGAUGAACGGACGCGGACUGUGUCUCCUCUCCCUGCCGGGAUUCAUGUACCGGGAACAGACGGGCAAGGGCUACCUGCUCUACUACGAUCUCAGGUAUCGUCUAUGGAAGAAAUUUCACAAGGAAGAAGAGCACUGAGUUUUCCUGACAAGAACAUAGCAAGUAUAGUCACAGCACAUCUAUCCAAAUGACAGAACUCCUAGGGGAUCAUUUCAAUCAGACCUAUCACUUCUUCUUGAGACUAUAAGAUGUGGAGUUGGUUGUUUUCAAAGCCUGUGAUAGACCAUGGAUAGACCAACAAUAGCAUGACGUAAAGUUGCUCCACCUAGCGAUUCUUUCAGUACUGCAUACUACAUAGUACCAAACGAUCAAUUUCAAAUGUCAGUAUAAAGUAAGUGAGGUGUAAGGGUGCGAAACGAAACGAUUCAAUGCAAAAUGCUGAUUAUCUUCCUAAGUGCAAUGAUGAACUGCUGCUAAAGUAAAAAAAAUGUUAUCAUCAUAAACGACAAACUCCAACUGCAGCACAACUUCCGUAUUUAAAAACGUUACAGUAGGUUGGUUCAUGAUAAACAGAUUUAUUUUCUGCCCUUAUUAAUUUAUUGAGAGAAAUUAUAUAUGUGUUGGUGAAACGCUGCUAAUAAAGCCAUACUAUACCUCC